AUGAAACUGGUGAGAGAGAGAAGGCACCAACAAGCACUAAGGCUCUCCCCACUGCCACCGGAUGUUACUCCGGUAGCAGCUGAUCAUUUCAGGCAGCAGAGGACUACUACUCCUACUUCUACUCCUGACUCUCCAGCCAAUAUCGAAAACCUCUCUGACCUUGAGAAACUGGAAGUUCUUGGACAUGGCAAUGGCGGCACUGUUUAUAAAGUGUGUCACGAGAAAACCUCAACCAUUUACGCAUUGAAAGUCCUCCGUUUCGACCACAAUGGCACCGGUAUCUUGCAACAAGCGGCGCGUGAGGCGGAGAUCCUUAAGCUAGUGGACUCGCCCUAUGUCAUUAGAUGCCAUGGGGUUUUUGACAAUAAUGGCUUCAUGAGUAGUACUAGUGAUCACAAUGAUGGUGGGGGUGAUUUGUGUUUUGUGAUGGAGUAUAUGGAAGGAGGCUCGCUGCUCGAUGUGCUGCGAGCACGCAAGAGAUUGCCUGAGCACGUAAUUUCUAGCGUGGCAAAGCGUGUCCUUCAAGGACUGCACUAUCUGCAUGCCAUGCAGAUAGUGCAUAGGGACAUCAAGCCCUCAAACCUGCUCAUAAAUGGUAGAGGCCAAGUGAAAAUUGCAGAUUUCGGGGUGAGCCAUGUUGUGGCAGGUGCCCGUGAGGCGUGCGACUCCUACAUGGGCACUUAUGCGUACAUGAGUCCUGAAAGGUUUGAUCCAGAGAGGUGGGGCGGUGAUAAUGCGGAUGGGUUUGCCGGUGAUGUGUGGUCACUUGGAUUGGUGGUGUUGCAAUGUCACAUGGGUCGUUUCCCACUGAUUACUCCUGAGCAGAAACCAGAUUGGGCAACUUUAAUGUGUGUGAUAUGCUUUGGAGAGGGGGUGGAGAUGCCGGAGACGGCAUCCCCAGAGUUUCGGAGUUUCAUUUGGAGAUGUGUGGAGAAGGAUUGGAGGAAGAGAGCAACUGUUGAUGAGCUUCUUGACCACCCUUUUGUCAAUAAAACUUGCUGCUCUUCCACUGACGACUUGGUUGAUUAUGUUUAA